UAUAAGAGCCCUCCGACGGUCUCUGGAACCCUCGUCCACCCCAUCUCACCAGUAUCUUUCCCCCAUCGGUGCAUGUUCUCUAAUCAGCUAGGGAGCCCUCACAAUCGCCACAGAGGUUGCAAGCACACCUGCGGCGACAAUCUAAAUCACCACUAAAUCCCAUCGUCCCCGGACAAUCGUACUCUCUACUUUGCAAACAUGUCUUCAGGCGCGAACACUCCUGAGUCCCAGUUGGAGUCCGUUCUCCCUGUCCACCCCACCGCCGUUCGUCGGGCGAGCCCCAUCGUCGUCCAGUCCGAGCACACCUCGUAUACGAACGACCACAUCAUCUCCAAAUUCACCAACCGCGGCGCCGAUGUCACCAUCGUCGAAGGCCAGUACAUCGUCACCCCCACCGCCAAGCCAUACGAAUUCCAGACGGCCAGAAAGGUCGCUAAGACUGGUCUCAUGAUGGUCGGCUGGGGCGGUAACAACGGCUCGACGUUGUCCGCGACGAUCCUCGCCAACCGUCACAAUAUCGUCUGGCGCACCAAGUCCGGCGUCCAGCAGCCGAACUACAUCGGUUCCCUCCUCCGCGCGUCCACCGUCCGCCUCGGCGCCGACCCUUCCACCGGCAAGGAUGUCUACGUUCCAAUCUCCGACGUCCUGCCCAUGGUGCACCCCAACGACCUCGUCCUGGGCGGAUGGGACAUCUCGGGCGCACGCUUGGACGAGGCCAUGAAGCGCGCGCAGGUCCUCGACUGGGACCUCCAACGCCAGGUGAUGCCGCACAUGGCCGCGCUAGGCUCCCCUCUCCCGUCCAUCUACUACCCCGACUUCAUCGCCGCGAACCAGGAAGCGCGUGCGGACAACGUCGUGCCCGGCACCGACAAGCAGGCGCACCUCGAGCACCUCCGCGCGGACAUCCGGAAGUUCAAGGAGACGCACGGCCUAGACCGCGUCGUCGUGUUCUGGACGGCCAACACGGAGCGCUACAGCGACAUCAUCCCUGGUGUGAAUGACACCGCGGACAACUUGCUGAACGCGAUCAAGGCUUCGCAUUCGGAGGUGUCCCCCUCGACCCUCUUCGCGGUCGCGGCGAUCCUCGAGGGCGAGCCUUUCGUCAACGGCGCGCCGCAGAACACCUUCGUCCCUGGUGUGAUCGAGCUCGCGGAGCGUCUCCAGUCCUUCAUCGGCGGCGACGACCUCAAGUCGGGCCAGACGAAGCUCAAGUCCGUCUUCGCCGAGUUCCUGGUCAACGCGGGCAUUAAGCCGCUCUCGAUCGCGUCGUACAACCACCUCGGGAACAACGACGGCCACAACCUCUCCGCGGAGCCGCAAUUCAAGUCCAAGGAGAUCUCCAAGUCCUCCGUCGUCGACGAUAUGGUCAGCGCGAACGCCCUCCUGUUCAAGCCCUCCGCGGUAGGGGCGCCCGCGGGCUCUAAGGAGGCAAAGGGCGAGCACCCAGACCACAUCGUGGUCAUCAAGUACGUGCCAGCGGUGGGCGACUCGAAGCGGGCGAUCGACGAGUACUACUCGGAGAUCUUCUGCGGAGGGCGGUCGACGAUCAACAUCUUCAACGAGUGUGAGGACUCGCUGUUGGCGACGCCUCUCAUCCUCGACCUCACGAUUCUCACGGAGCUGCUCACGCGCGUCAAGUACCGCGACGCGAGCGCGGGCAAGGACUUCAAGCCGUUGUACCCGAUCCUCUCUCUCCUGUCGUACAUGCUGAAGGCGCCGCUGGUGAAGCCCGGCACGGACGUCGUGAACUCGCUCAACCGCCAGCGCAACGCGCUCGAGACGUUCCUCAAGGCGUGCAUCGGCCUGGAGGGCAGCUCGGAUCUUCUCUUGGAGACUCGCAUCUGGUGAAGCGCGCGCGGCGUGGCGUGGUCGUAGGGUUCGCGUAGCCUACAGUGUCUAUACUUAGAAGCCGGACCUGGUUCUCAACAACCUGUCCCACCUGCUCCGCCACCUGACUGGCGUGAUAAUCUCUUGUACUCAUCUCGAAUGUCUUCAAUCAUUGUGUUUGCCUGCC